GCCUGGCAUCACAGAUCAGUCGCUCGGCGGGACGCGGCUCGGUGUGUUUCCGGCUGCGGUGUGUUUCCGGCUGGCGGUCUUUGUCCUCCAUUACUCGGAUUCCGCUCGUCGCUACAGCGCAGAACCCGGACAGCGCAGCCGCUCUGAGGUGCACGUGACCACAUACACAGACGCCACCAUGAUGAGCGCAGACGAAGACUCCACCUCGUCCCCGGAUGAUGACCCGUAUGAUGACACGGACAUCCUGAACUCGGCGGGCACCGAUGAGAUCACAGCACACCUGGCGGCCGCAGGACCAGUUGGCAUGGCAGCCGCCGCUGCCGUGGCAACGGGAAAGAAACGGAAGCGACCGCACAUCUUUGAGUCCAACCCCUCAAUCCGUAAGAGGCAGCAGACGCGCCUGCUCAGGAAGCUGAGGGCCACACUGGACGAGUACACAACCAGAGUUGGCCAGCAGGCCAUAGUUCUGUGUGUCUCCCCCUCCAAGCCCAACCCCGUGUUCAAGGUGUUUGGCGCCGCCCCUCUGGAGAACGUGGUGAGGAAAUACAAGAGCAUGAUGCUGGAGGACCUGGAGAACGCCCUGGCGGAGCACGCCCCGGCGGGGGGGGACAUGGCGUCCGAGCUGCCCCCCCUCACCAUCGACGGCAUCCCCGUGUCGGUGGACAAGAUGACGCAGGCCCAGCUGCGGGCCUUCAUCCCCGAGAUGCUCAAGUACUCGACCGGCCGGGGGAAGCCUGGCUGGGGCAAGGAGAGCUGCAAGCCGGUGUGGUGGCCUGAGGACAUCCCCUGGGCCAACGUGCGCAGCGACGUGCGCACAGAGGAGCAGAAGCAGAGGGUGUCGUGGACGCAGGCGCUGCGCACCAUCGUGAAGAACUGCUACAGCCAGCACGGCCGGGAGGACCUGCUCUACGCCUUCGAGGACCACCAGGUGGCGCCGGCCGCGCCGCAGCACCACCACAUGACCAUCCCCCAGAGCCACAUUGCACAACUCGUCCCCUCGCAGACUGUGGUGCAGACGGUCAACAACCCUGACGGCACGGUCUCCCUCAUCCAGGUGGGCACGGGACACACGGUCGCCACACUGGCGGACGCAUCGGAGCUGCCUGGCGUCACAGUGGCUCAAGUCAACUACUCCACCGUCACCGACGAGAUGAUGUGUCGCGCAGGACAGACGGAGAUGUCGCCCCACAUCAUUGUGGAACAGAACUGGGCCACGCUUCAGGGCGGUGAAAUGACCAUCCAGACGACCCAGGCCUCGGAAGCCACGCAGGCGGUGGCGUCGCUGGCCGAGGCGGCGGUCGCAGCCUCGCAGGACAUGCAGCCUGGGGCAACCGUUACCAUGGCGCUCAACAGUGAGGCAGCGGCGCACGCAGUGGCUACGCUAGCAGAGGCCACCCUGCAGGGGGGGGGGCAGAUCGUCCUCGCCGGGGAGACGGCGGCGGCUGUGGGGGCUCUGGCCGGGGUGCAGGACGCUACAGGUACCACUUCCUGCUACUCACAGACGCACACAGGUACCACUUCCUGCUACUCACAGACACACACAGGUACCACUUCCUGCUACACAGACACACACAGGUACCACUUCCUGCUACUCACAGACGCACACAGGUACCACUUCCUACUACUCACAGACGCACACAGGUACCACUUCCUGCUACACAGACACACACAGGUACCACUUCCUGCUACACAGACACACACAGGUACCACUUCCUGCUACUCACAGACGCACACAGGUACCACUUCCUGCUACACAGACACACACAGGUACCACUUCCUGCUACACAGACACACACAGGUACCACUUCCUGCUACUCACAGACACACACAGGUACCACUUCCUGCUACACAGACACACACAGGUACCACUUCCUGCUACUCACAGACACACACAGGUACCACUUCCUGCUACUCACAGACACACACAGGUACCACUUCCUGCUACUCACAGACACACACAGGUACCACUUCCUGCUACACAGACACACACAGGUACCACUUCCUGCUACUCACAGACGCACACAGGUACCACUUCCUGCUUCUCACAGACACACACAGGUACCACUUCCUGCUACACACAAACACCAACACACUACUUCUCUGCGUAUUCUCUCCUCCUCCCUGUCGGUUCGGGCUAACCCUAGCCCUUGGCAGCAGUGCAGCGGAGCUCCUCACCCUGGAGCUGCUCUGA